AUGUUGGCGUUGGUGACCAGGAGGCCUGCCGCACUCCUGGAGCGAGAGAGCGACGAGCGAGCCACGGAGAUGGUGCCGCCCGCGGCGCAGCCAUGGAGCCCGCCCGAGGAGCCCGCGCGCGCCGCUGCCAGCCUGCCCGCAGCCCGCUGCCUGCGCGCCAGCUCCUCCCGCCGCCGUCGCCGCCGCCUCUGCGCCGCCGCUGCCGCGCCGCCGAGGCGGAGGAGGAGAAGAAGGAGGAGGAAGUCUCCCAAAUCUGCCUUCAUCAGUGCUGCAAAGAAGGCCAAGCUGAGGUCCAAUCCUGCACAGGUCCGAUUUUCUGAGCAGGUGGCAGUUGGAGAAACAGAUGCAAAAAUGAUGAAGAAGGAAGCUCUCCUCCUCAUCCCCAAUGUCCUGAAGGUUUUUCUAGAAAAUGGGCAGAUCAAGUCAUUCACAUUUGAUGGCCGGACCACGGUUAAGGAUGUGAUGGUGACCUUACAGGACCGUCUCUCCCUGAGAUACAUUGAGCAUUUUGCUCUUGUCCUUGAGUAUACUGGGCCGGAACAGAAUCACAAGUUCCUGAUUCUCCAGGAUAAGCAGCCCCUGGCUUAUGUGGUACAGAGGACACACUAUCAUGGGAUGAAAUGCCUCUUCCGAAUAAGCUUCUUUCCCAAAGACCCCGUGGAGCUGCUGCGUCGGGAUCCUGCUGCUUUCGAGUAUCUAUACAUCCAGAGUCGUAAUGAUGUUAUCCGAGAACGCUUUGGAAUGGAACCCAAGCCAGAGAUGCUUUUGGACCUUGCUGCCCUUCACAUCUAUAUCACUGUCUCAGCUACUCGGCCUAGUCAGAAGAUCACACUCAAGAACGUGGAGAAGGAGUGGGGCCUGGAACCCUUUCUUCCCCCCUCCCUCCUGCAGGGCAUCAAAGAGAAGAACCUUCGGAAGUCUCUCUCUCAACAACUGAAGGCCCACCAAAUGCAUCCUUCUUGCAGCACCAAGGGCUCCGCCGUUCAAGCAAAGCUCCAGUACCUUCGAAUUCUGAAUGAACUUCCGACCUUCACUGGUGUUUUAUUCAACACUGUAGGACUGGACGAGAAGCAGCCAGCCACCACUCUCCUGGUGGGACCCCGUCACGGCAUCAGCCAUGUUAUUGACCUCAAGACCAACCUCACCACUGUGCUGUCCGAGUUCAGCAAGAUCAGCAAGAUCCAGCUGUUCCGGGAGAACCAGGGCGUGGCCCGAGUGGAGACCAGCAUCAUGGAUGCCAAGCCUCUGGUGCUGUUGAUGGAGUGGCCUGAAGCCACCAACUUUGCCUGCCUGAUUGCGGGGUACUGCCGCCUUCUGCUGGAUUCCAGGAAGAUGGUCUUCUCCAGGCCUGCCAACCAGCCUCUUCCACCUCCUAUGGUCAAAGCAGAUCCCAUGCACAGCGCCCACCGCCCUGUCACUGGGGGCCACCUGGGGAAAAAGGAGAGUAGUUAUGUGGGCAGCGUGGGCACCAGCCCUAGGAAGUCGAGCCGAUGCGCGACCCCGCCUGCCGACCCUGAGCUUGUCAGCUUCUGCUACCUCCACAUGCGGGAACAAAGGAAGGAGCAAGAAAGCAGGACAGAUGUCAACGAGAACCUAAUCUUCUUUGAAGAAACCAGACCCCGGACCAAAUCGGACCCCACAUCCAAAAGCUCUGGCCAAGGUUAUGAGAUGAUUCCUGAUGACUUCGAUGCAGCCAGCCUAGACCAUGAGCCUUGUGCCAGCAGGGCCCGGUCCUAUACUUUGGACAAUUCCCUUGGGGCUGAAGCCCUGAAUUUCUACUGUGACUCUUGCAAAGUCAAACUCCAGGAGCAGCAGGGGCCGCGAAAAGGUGGGAGGCCUGGCUCCUCUCGGGACAAUAUGGUAGACUUAAUGUCCCUCCCACCACCAGGAAGUGAGGAAGAGGAAGAAGAGGAAGAUGAGACAACUUCUCUGUUGCCUGCCAUUGCAGCUCCACCCCCUGGUUUCCGAGACAACAGCUCUGAUGAGGAUGAUCCCAAGCGCAGAGCUGUUCAAAGUCAGGAGCAAGGACGUCACCUGCGUGGGCUCCUGUAUGAUGAGAUUCCAGUGACACUGAUUGACAGUGUACAGACCCGGACAGUACGAGAUCAUGCCCAGGAGCUGGAUGAUGCUCUGGUGUCUACUCUGCAGGCUCUAGAAGCCCUGGCUGCUUCAGAGGAUGGACCCCAUCCUCCACCCCAGCAGACUGCAGGUCUGAUUGUGCUGGCCACAAUCACUCCUGAAUCAUCGCUGGACUCGGGCCAUGAAACCAACUCUUCAGAGCUCACAGAUAUGUCAGAGAUGAUGUCGGCCAUGAAGCAGCACCAGAAUGCCACCUACUUCCUGGCCCAGCACCUCAACAAGGACAGCCUCCUUGCCCGAAAGGACCUGCCCUUCAGAAUCCAGAGCUGCUCAGCUCAGGCUGUGCUCACCGCCCCUUAUGCCCUUGGGCCCCCAGAUCCCAACCCAUCCCUCCAGCCAGCUGUCACUGGCCAGAGUCCUGGCCCCCCUGGUGCCCGGAGAAAGCUGCCUCAGUCAGAAGCCCAGGUGCAGGGAGAGAGAACAUACUCCCUGGCCGUGCACCCAGCCCUGUCCCCACAACUUAGUGAGCAGAAGAAUCUGAGCCUGCUUCCCCCAGUUCCUGAGGACAAAGGGCCAGGCCACACUAGGGCAGGCCUAGAGAUGUCACUGAGGGCAGCCACACCAUCCCUCGGUGAAGAGCAGGUCUCAGAGCUAAGGGAAAACUUGCCCAAGGAAGUCAGGUUGAGCCCUAAGCUUAUUCUGGACCCAAAAGGCAAUGUGACCCCAGCCAUCAUCUCGGCUGCCCUACAGCAGGUAGUACACAGUAAGGGUCUAGCCACUCCUGGCACAGCCUUGGCAACACCCUCCAACAGGGGGGAGAGAAGGCUAGAGGCUGGCAUGGGGAGGCCUGAGGUCACCAUGGGCAGGCCGGAAGUUAACCUGAUGAACAGCAAUGCCAACAAGAAUCUGAAGUUUAAAAUGAGCCCUGGUGCCCUGGAGACCACACGGAAUUCUCAGCAGCAGCUGGGCGCAGAGGUCUCUGCCAGCCCCAGAGCAUCCACAAGCAGCCGGCCUGACAACCUCCACCUUUCCCCACAAGAAGACAGGUUUCCGGUUCAAAGUUUCCCUCCUAAGAGCUAUCUAUCCAGAGCAAGUCGAGACUCGGCGGGCAAGCAAGCUACCGGGGAGGUGGCAGGCAAGCUUGGGCCAGAGGGUGCUAAGCCUCCCCCUAACAAGCAGAGCACAGUCUCUGGCCAUGGGGAGAAAGGGCACCUGGAGAGCAUAUCCAAAAGCAGCAAGUUUGAGGAGACCAGCCUAGUUCCCCGGGCUGGCUAUCCCAUGGCUCUGCAGAGCCCUAGCUGCCAGGCUCGAAGCUACAGCCCUAGCUGCCAGGCUCGAAGCCACAGCCCCAGCAGCCUGGCCCGUGGCCCCAGCCCCAGCAGCCUGGCCCGUGGCCCCAGCCCCAGCUACCAUCCUAGAGGCCAGAGCCCACCGAGGCCUCUGGCCACCAGCCGUCAGGUCAGCACCAUGCCCUCUAGGAAGCUUGAAACGACCCUGGAUGGAGCCCAGGCGGCCUCUGAAGGCCCCACAAAGCCCAAGUCAUCCCGAGGUCCUUUCCGACUGCGCAACUUAUUCUCUGCCACCUUUCCUACCCGCCAGAAGAAAGAAACAGAUGAGCGACAGGCCCAGCUGCAGAAGGUAAAGCAGUAUGAAUUGGAGUUCCUUGAGGAACUUCUAAAGCCACCAAGCCAGGGGGAUAUUUCAGGCACAGAGUACCUGCAACCCCCAGCACCUGGCCGCUGCAGCUGCCAGCUGCGUAGUAGCCCUGUGCAGCAGGGACCUGGCAUGUCUCGUGAACAGAGACGCAGCUGUGACUGCAAGCGCAUCUGCCGAGGAGGACGGCCUCAAGCUGCCCAGACCCCAGUGCCUGCUGGCCUUCGGGAGAGGGAGAGGGUCCUGCCUACCCAGAGGCAGCCAGAAGCUGGCCCAGGCUUGAUACUUGGUAGUCCCAUCAAUGCCCAGCGCAUCCGUUCUACCAGUCUGGAGUCCCGUGAGUGCCGGUCAGACCCUGAGAGUGGUGUUUCUUGCCUGAGCACCUGUGCCUCGGGGGGUGAGUGUUUGGGAGACCCCAACUACAGGAAACUGAUGCACCGCUACAGUAACAGUGAGCUGGACCAGGGUGACAGGGCCUCCCUGACCUCAGAUGUCUACCCGCAUCCCCCCUUGGGAAUGCUGCCUAGAGAGGUCAAGGAGAUAGAUACCGGCCUCCCGCUAGUCUUGGGUCCAAAAGGCAAGCGUGCAGAGUCACCAACUCUUGGAGAGCCCUCCUACGUCCAAGUGGCCCCUGAGAGCAAAGGCCCCAGGCAGAUGGCUGUGUUUUCACUGCCAGAGGAGGUAUACCGCAGGCCAGCCGAUCUAGAUGAGGACAGUGAAACCAGCAAGUGCUGUUCUAUCCGCUACUGCUUCUAUUACCGCAAGUGUGACAUGGCAGAUGAUGCCAGCGACGGCAAGGACGAGCUCUCCUAUUCCAUUCCCAUGAAGAUUCUGCCUGGCAUGAAGUUGGACGAGCAGGUGGUGCCCGUGGUGAGCAGAACCCUGCAGGUCCUGGAUGCCGCCACCUGCAGCAGCAGCCCCGAGGCCUCCCACACCCAGGAAAUCGACCUUCGGGUUUCCACCUUUGAAGGGAGCCUGGCUAAAAUCAAUGCGUUACGGGCUCACGCCUAUGGCCUCCCUGAUGGCUUCCUGGCAGCCCGCCUGGACACCAAUGAGCUGCUGACAGUCUUGCGGCAGUGUGUGGCCAGCCCCGAGGCACGUGCCCCCAAGCCCUAUGUCUCGCAGAUUUCUGAGUACAAGCUUGAGCUAGCUCUCAAGUUCAAGGAGCUCCGGGCCUCCUGCCGCCGAGUAGCCAAUGUGGACAAGAGCCCCACUCACAUGCUGGCGGCCAUCACAGGCAGCUUCCAGGUGCUGAGCAGCCUCAUUGAGACCUUUGUGCGGCUGGUGUUCAUCGUGCGCUCAGAGGCCCAGCGCCAGGAGCUGCUGGCCAAAGUAGAAGAAGUCGUGAGGAAUUACACCUUCCUGCUGCGUGCAGCUGAGGAGUCCACAGCCAGGAACCUUAACCAGCAGCAGCAGCAGCAACAGCAACAGCAACAGCAACAACAGCAGCAGCAGCAGCCAUCGCUGCCACCACUGUCGCUGCCAGCAGCCACCGGGCACCCACCAGGCUCCCCAUCAUCGACUGUUAUGAGCACAUUCACACACUCCUUAAAAACCCUUAUUAAGUAG